AGUACUCUUUGGUGGUCAUCCUCGGGUCCUGCUGUUGCUUUGUAAUCUGGAAGGGGGUUCGGGCAAGGAGCGAAGCGGGGCGGUUUGCUUCCCCCGCCUGUCCCCUUGGAGGCAACGUGGGGGAAGAGCUUUGGAAGAGCCGCUGCAGCUGCAGUUGCAAUUGCCGCACCAGCACCCUGCUAAUUCUUUGGUUGGUGAAGCAUCAUCAAGUUAGAACAGUAGGAAAAGAAGGCAAGAGCAGGCAGUGUGGUGACAAGCAGCCCCCAUCUCCGGGGAUUUGCUUUUUAUUUCCUUCCCAGCAUGGACACAGCCUGUUUGUUGCUGAGAGGCCCCGCCUGGAAGGUGCCCAGGGUGGCCCUGGUGGCCUUUGGGGUCCUCCUUCUGCCUGGCCUUGUCAGAGCCAACGAAUAUGACUAUGUCAGCUUCCAGUCUGACAUCAGCGCCUACCAAAGCGGGCGAUUCUACACCAAGCCCCCGCAGUGUGUGGCCAUCCCGGCUGACCUGCGUUUGUGCCACAGCGUGGGCUAUGACAAGAUGGUCUUGCCCAACCUCCUGGACCAUGAGACCAUGGCCGAGGUGAAGCAGCAAGCCAGCAGCUGGGUGCCAUUGCUCAACAAGAACUGUCACAUUGGCACCCAGGUCUUCCUCUGCUCCCUGUUUGCCCCGGUCUGCUUGGACCGGCCCAUCUACCCCUGCCGUUGGCUCUGCGAGGCUGUGCGCGACUCCUGUGAGCCCGUCAUGCAGUUCUUUGGCUUCUACUGGCCUGAGAUGCUCAAGUGCGACCAGUUCCCACAGGAUGACGUGUGCAUCGCUAUGACUGCCCCCAAUGCCACGGAGGCGUCCAAACCUCAAGGCACGGCUGUGUGUCCUCCUUGUGACAAUGAGAUGAAGGCAGACGCCAUCGUGGAGCACCUGUGUGCCAGCGAGUUUGCUUUAAAGAUGAAAAUAAAAGAGGUAAAAAAAGAAAACGGAGACAAAAAGAUCAUCCCCAAGAAGAAGAAACCCUUGAAGUUGGGCACCAUCAAGAAGAAAGAUCUCAAGAAGCUGGUGCUGUACUUAAAGAAUGGGGCAGACUGUCCUUGCCACCAGCUGGACAACCUCAAUAACCAGUUUCUAAUCAUGGGGCGCAAGGUGAAGACUCAGUACCUGCUGACGGCCAUCCACAAGUGGGAUAAGAAAAGCAAAGAGUUCAAAAAGUUCAUGAAGAAAAUGAAAAGUCCCGAGUGCCCCACAUUUCAGUCUGUCUUCAAAUGAUCAGAUGGCACCAGAAUUGGGAUGUUUCUUUUCUUUUCUUCUUUGUUUUUUGCUCUUUUUUUUUUUUGGCUGACCUGAACUUGCACAGACUUUUUGACUUGGUAGCUCAUAGCGGACACCGUACCUUGAUUCCUUGGUGUUUCUUUCUGUUUGUUUCUGUAGAACAGGGGUGGGAAAUCUCAGGCUCAGGGGCAAAUGCGGCCCUCCAAGCCUCUAUGUCUGGCCCUUGGUACUCUCCCCAGGCUACACUUCCUCCUCAGCCAGGCUCCUCUUCCCAGGUAACCCUCCCUUGAGUGUUUUUGCCGGGCUGGAAUAUGGCCUUGAACUCUGAUUAUGCUGCUUGCUUGCCCCGAUGGAGGAUACAGGAAGAUGUGUGCGUGUAUGUAGAACGAACCUACUGUGCAAAGAUCAACAUUACAUUUGUUCCCUGCCCAGUUUGCCUCAGGCCCUGCCCGCCACUAGCAUGUGGCCCCCAGGAAGGUUGCGUAGAAGGGAAUGUGGCCCUCAGGCUGAAAAAUAUUCCCUAUGCCUGCUUUAGAGCUUCUUGGUUUGUACUCUUUCACCUUCAGCCAGGUAUGGGGAAACAUACGGCUCUCCAGGUGUUGCUGCACUGCAACUCCCCUCAUCCCUGGCCAUUGGCCAUGCUUGCUGGGGCUGAUGGGAGUUGUAGUUCAGCAAUGUCUGGAGGGCCCCAGGUUCCUCAGACCUGCCCUAAUCUUACCCCAGUUACAUCCCCAUUAGAGAAUGUUCAGAAGGUAGGUAGGUAGUUUUGGGAUGACAAACACAGCAAUUUCUAGGGAAUAUUGAAAAGAAGCAUGGAUGGUCCCCUCUCCCAAGUUAGGGAUCAUGCAGUGAACUGGAUGAUGUCAUAGGGCUACGUAGCCAAUUAAAUUUGGCUCUGUGACGAUGUCACUGUAGGUAAGGCAGGACAGUAUAAAAUGAAUAAGUCAAUGUUUCUUUUUUUCUUUUCUCUUUAUUUUUUGGCAAGGCAAGCCCAGAAAUUGCAAGUAAGAGAAGGCUUCUUUUUUUCCCUUGUCACUGCAGGAAGCAAUGGCAAAAAAGUGUGAGUAAUUUCAAUUUAGCUUUAGUCUGGGAUGCCUGAAGGUGCAUCACAUACACAACAGGAAGUCAAGAGGACCGCAAGACCAUUCACACAUGUAAUGCCAAAAAAAAGUACCCCAAAAUAUCACAAGCAAAUAUUUUACCACAAGCAAAGUUUUAAGCAGACUAUCUGAUUAUUCAUUGAAUCAUAACUUUGGAAGGGAACCUAGAAAGUCAUCUAACACCUUUUGCCGAUACAGGAAAUAUGUUGCUAUAGCAUCCCUGAUGGGUGGCCUUGCAGCCUCUGCUUUAAAACCCUAAAGGAGAGUCUAGCACCUUCCAAGUCAAUCUGUUCUACAGCUUGUAACACCAGGAAGUUCUUCUUAAUGAUAACUCUAAAUCCGUUUUCUUGUAACUUGAAUCUAUUGCUUUGGGGUCAGAUAGAAAAAUUGCUCGAUCCUCUAAGUGACAGGCCUUCAAAUAUUUGAAGGUGUCUAUCAUAUUAUCUCUUCAUCAUCUUCCAUCCAAGCUAAAACUACCCCACUCUUUCAAUCUUUCCUGAUAGGACUUGGUAUCUUGGCCAGAUCUCCAUUCUGUUGAAACAAAGGUGUGCAUGAGGCCACAUUCACACCAUAUAUUUAUUCCACUAUUAUUCCUUUUUAAACAACCCUGGCUUCCCCCACAGUAUCCAGGGACCUAUUAUACAUUCCUAUUCUAUUAAUAGAUUCCUGUUCUCACAGAGCUACAAUUCCUUGAGUGGUUUAACAGUCAGUCCCUCUUUGCAGAGAACUCUGGAACUGUAGGUCAAUGAGGGGAAUAGGAGUCUCCUAAUGAUUCUCAGCACCCUUCACAAAUUACACUUCCCAGGAUUCUUUGGGGGAAGCCAUGACUGUUUAAAAUGGAAUAAUAGUGGAAUAAAUGUAUGGUGUGAAAGUUCUCUCUCUCUCUCUUUCUGUGCCUGUGCGCACAGGAGCAUGGCCAAUCCAUUUCAAGGAGGGUUGUGGAACAGAACUUCUUGGUGCCCAUGCUCCAUGUUCAUUAGCACAGUGUAGAUUGGUGGCUCUGAUGUCAGUGGGGCAGCAAAUUCACUCCAGGUUUUAGUCCGAACUUUCAAGGAGUUGUCCAAAGUGCUGAAAUGAAAUGCUCAGACUACAACCCAGAGCAGAUUCACUGCCCCAUUGACAUUGGCGCCACUAGUUUCCACUACUUUAGGAGGAAGGAAAGUGCUAUUUUAAUUCUCUGCUAUGGGUACCAAAAGAUGUUGGGCUAGCCCUAGUAUUGACAUCUAAUGUCUGCAGAUAUGUUGAUGCUGUUUUUUCAUUGUUUAAAGCUAAUGUCAGAUCGCUCACUAGUGGUCAGUGGAGUGGUGUGGCAAUGGUUUUGAAAUUUGCCCUUCGGUAGGCAUCCAUCUGAAGGGAGAUGAGGUGCAAAGUUCCAGGGACCCCCAAGGCAGGUGGGUGCUUCCUUCUCUCUGUUCCAGCCAACAAAUGGGUGGGUUGAAUGUAGAGGUGGGUAAACCUGUCAGUUUAGAUUUCUCUCAGUUUCUCAUUUUUGCAAUCUUCAGUUUUCCACAUUUCCACAGCCGUUUACAAUUUUUUUUAAAAAAAAAGUCCUCAUGAAAAUGUAUCAAUAUUUUAGUGUGAAUUUAUCCUAAUAUACACAUUUUAUAUGCAUUUUGCCUAAUAUACACAUUUUUGCAAAGCAGUUUUCCCUAAUAUAAAGUAGUUUUUCAUCUUAUUUUCUAACAUUUGCAUUUUUAUGCACAUUUUACCUGAGCAGAUGCAUUUUAGUACACAUUACUUGGCUGGAGAACUGCAUUGCAAAAUUUGGAGAAGUGUGAAUUUCAAAAGAUGGCUGUGUUUUAGUUCUCAUAUUGUUUUGGAAAGUGCAAAUUCGGUAGGUUUGCCUUUAAAGGCAAACUGCAUUGAGCUUCCCCCCCCCAUGCCUAGUUGAAUGUCCCUUGCCAGAGGACCCUCAUUGAUUCAUACUGGAUUUGUAGUAAUGUCUCCUCGUCAACCUAUUUGGGAAAAAGGAAGCCUGGAAGAGUUGCUUUGUUCUAACAAACUUUCUUCAGGCUUGGAUGUAGAAAGGUGGAAUUCAGUGGCCUGUCUGGUUCCUCUCCAAAGGGAAAAGGCUGUAGCCCACUGGUAGAACAUCUGCCUUGCAUGCAGAAGGUCCCAGGUUCAAUCACCAGGUAGGACUAGGAGAGACUCCCUGCCUGAAGCCCUGGAGAGUUGCUGCCAGUCAGUGUACACAGUAUUGAGCUAGUUGGACCAGUGGGUCUGGCUCAAUAUAAGGCAGCUUUCUAUGUUUCUAAGUUGGACUAGUGCUUAAGUCCACAGAUCUUCACAUGGACCAGCAGCAGGUGGUGUGAAAUCACGCAUGAGAAUCUCUGCAUAUUCUCCUGUGGAACAUAUUGAAGGAGUUGGGUUGUGAGGGACCCUUCACAAGGAAGAGGGGAAACUAGGGUUGCCAGGUUCAGUCCCUGUGACUGAUCCUGUAUCUUUAGGAG